AUGCAGACUGGUCUUCCUUCGGGCCGCCUCCUCUCUGUGGUCGAGGCCUGCCGCAUCUCGGUGAUGAGGGUUUCUGACACAGAUUGGAUGAGGGUGUCCGGAGUCGCAGAAAUUCAGUCGAUUACGUCUCCUGACCAAUGGAGACACUGUCCGGGACGGGACAAUCCCGCUGAUCUUCUUACAAGGGGAACGUCUUGUCUUCACAUCGUGGACAGUCCUUGCUGGUGGAACGAACCGGAGUGGUUGUGUGACAAGACUGCGUGGCCUCCCGCUUGGCACACGCCCACCGAAGUUUCGCCUGGUGUACACCACGAAGCAAGACCUGUACACGUUUGCCUCGGUCACACUACCGUGAAGAGUCCCCCUUUUGAGGUACUCAACUACAGUUCAUUUUCUAGGCUGCUGCGUGUCACGGCGUGGGUACAGAGGUUCUUACACAACUCUCGUUAUCAGCAAACCAACAAAACGGGAGCUCUAACUACCACAGAAGUAGAAGCUGCAAGGAGAUACUGGAUAGUGGUGGCACAGCAGCAGUCUUUCGGCCAUCAACCUACCGAGCAUAAGUCUCUUCAGAAUACAUCCGUCUUCCGCGACGAGCAUGGUAUACUGCGCAUGAAGGGCCGCCUGCAGUAUGGAGGAUACGCAGAUUCACUUAAGCACCCCAUAAUCAUCCCUACGGAUCACCCAGUCACCGCUUUGCUAGUGAUGAGCACGCAUACAAGGCUUCUCCACACAGGUGUUCAAGAGACUCUAGCCGAACUCAGAGAAGAAUAUUGGGUCAUUAGAGGUCGACAGGUCGUCAAAAGAGUCCUCCAUCAGUGUCUUGUUUGUAAACGCGCCAAGGCUCGCGUCUGUACUGAGCCAAUGGCCCCUUUGCUGUGCGAUCGGGUAUCUCCCUCACCACCAUUUGAGGUAAUUGGCACGGAUUAUGCAGGACCACUUUAUUACAAGUCAUCCACUGGUGGAGCAUGCAAGUCCUACAUACUCAUUUUUACAUGCGCCGUCACGAGGGCCAUUCACCUUGAGCUCACGAGGUCAAUGUCGGCCGAGGAUUUCAUGCAAGCGUUCAAAAGAUUUAUCGCGAGACGUGGCGUUCCGCUGAAGAUCUAUUCUGACAACUUCCUCACAUUUAAACGUGUUCGCCGAGACCUCACCCUGGCACGGCUGUCCCAGGACUCGCAAGUCACCGGGCUCCUUACAUCGAACCGAGUCACUUGGCGUUUCAUUGAGGAGCGUGCUGCCUGGUGGGGAGGGUUUUGGGAAAGGUUGAUCCGCAGCGUCAAGACCUCCCUCCGCAAGGUUUUGGGAAAGAGCACGCUGAGGUUCGAGGAUUUAGCUACGGUUGUCACUCAGGUGGAAGCUGUCAUCAAUUCGAGACCCCUCACCUACAUCUCUGAAGAUCCAAGCGACUCCGAAGCGCUUUCACCUGCUCACUUCUUGGUGGGGAAAAGACUCACAGCCCUUCCAGCACCCCGCCCAUUGGAUGCGGGCAACUCGACGUCGGGUGAUCUCCGAAGACGCUGGGCCUACCAAGAAAACCUGACCGCCGUUCUUUGGGCGAAAUGGACCAGGGAAUACAUCUUGUGCUUGCGAUCGGCGAAUAUCUGUCCGCCAUGCUCUUCGACUGGCGUCAAGGUUGGGCAUAUCGUACUCCUCGCUAAAGAAAAUGUAUCCCGAGUAGCAUGGCCUCUGGGUCGAGUCGAAGAGGUAUUCGUCAGUGCAGACGGCAGAGUACGGUCAUGCCGUGUAAGGUUGGCGGACGGGAGGAUGUUAACCCGACCAAUUCAGCUGCUUUACAGGCUGGAGGGCGACACUGCGUGA